GUCAGACGAAGCAAAUGCACACAGAUGAACCCCCUCCCCAGCCUCGCCCUACCCCCACUAGCAUGUGCCCGUGCGCUUAUGGCUGGUGUUUUUUGUUGGAGCUGCCAUGGGGGAUUAGGGCGGGGCGUCGGAGGAGGAGAGCGCUGCCUUUCUCUGUGUCAGUCUUGUCCCGAAAGUGAUGGGGGGGUGUCAUCUCCGCGUCCAUCACGCCGACGCCUCUCGGAUGCUUGGGUCGCGCCGGAUCGCGCAUUAUUCCGGGCCGAGUGAGAGAAUCGGAUCGGACUGACGCCGGACGCGGCCCCCAUUGCGGCGUAUCGCGAAAUCGGCACCAUUGUGCGCCUGGGGUCGGCGGAGAGGCUGCGCUGCCGGCGGCUCCAUGCUGCAGAAAAUUCGCCAUUGUUUUGAUGAAUAGGACGACCCAGGAAGACUGAAAUCAGAAAUUUCCCCCCUCCCCUUUUUCAAACACAUCGGCAAGGAGAUAAGCAGUUCAAUGUUUUCUCACACGGUAUUUCUGCUUUGUAUCCAGAGCGCUGCCUCCCUCCUCGUCAUCGUCAGAGAUGAAGGCAGCAUCCUCAUAUCCUUGGAGGCCUCGGACGUGAGGGAAGACACCACUGCAUACGCAGUAAUAGUGUCUGGCGAGCCCAAGACCCACUUCCUGCAGUUUGACAACCCCAGCGGAGCUGCACCCCAUCCUCUGGUCUUCAACGCCUCCUACCACGGACUCUGCUACACGGUCAGCCUCGUGGUCAGCAAUGGCACAGCGUGGUCAAAGCCAGGGACUCCUGUUAGCAUCCUCACAAGGCCUCUGCCAGUGGACAGCGUGCUCAUCCAUGACUACAAGCCUUCUCCGGAAACGGGCAUCGUUUUUGAGAUGAAAUAUGCAGAGAACAACAUUUUCACCAGGGUGAACAUCAGUUACCUGGAGAGACAGGAGCAUCGGUGGAUCCUGUAUAAAGAUUUUACCAAGGGGAAAACCGUCUUCAAGCACUGGUUGCCAGGGACCUGCUACACCAACAUCACAUUCCAACUGGUGUCAGAAGCCACCAUCAAUAAGAGUGCUGUAGUCCGGCACAGCGGAGUAAUCCACCAGCCCACACAGCACAGAACGGUGCCAAACCCUCCCCUCAAUGUUUCCCUGAAGAUCACUCAGCUCAGAGAUAGGCCUCAGUUAACGGGGAUCCAUGACUGGCUACUGAGACGGAGUAGGCGAAAUGUCCCCUUAAUGGGGAAACAGGAACAGGCAGGGACUCUGGAGGAAGAGGUUGAGUCCACGGAAUAUCCUGACCCUCGUGGACCCGUGGACCCUGUCCGAAGCCUUAACGGCUCCAUGGAUGGCUUCUCUGUCAAUGGCACAGAGGAUGACAAUAGCACCCAGCCCUAUUGGCCAGACUCCACUACAAGCACUGCCCCCGCAGAGCAGGAAGGGCAGGAUUCUGUGAAUGCACCAUUUUCAGAGUAUGAGGACUCCCCUGAGCUGGGGUCUGCCGGGGGCCCGGCCCUGUUUCCGACUUCCACUUCACUCCCUCCCAGAGGGCCCCCCAUGCUGCUUGAGCUGCGAUGGCUGCCCCCCCGUCCUCCCACUGCAUUUGACGGUUUCAAAAUUUACAUCUAUAAAGAUGGUAACUCCACGGAGAUGACCACCAUGGAUGAAAACACUCAUGAAUUUUUCACGGAGCUGACGGAGCCGGGCACCUACAGGGUGCUGGUCACCACCCUCAGCUCGUCUGGAGACUGCGACCCCAGAGAGAGCACUAGGGACACUAGUAUCACAUUCUACCUCAGUCACAGCGGCGAGUGGUUUGAGCAGCCUACGGAGCGACCCCAGGCGGUUAGCGUGCGGCUGCUAAACCCUACCACAGCGGCUGUGUCCUGGUCCCCCAGCACUUCCCACCACAACGGAAGCCUGGUGGCCGUGCUAUCACUGACGUGCCUCAAACCUACCAUCAGCCAGCGGACAGAGACCACAUACUGCGCCGAGGAAAACUCUACUAGUGAUAUCAUCACCAAUUUGACUCCGGGGGCGCAGUACAGGGUGGUGGUGUACCACACAAAUGGCCCAUUGGCGAGCCCCCCCUCUGACCCCAUCAUCAUUGGAAUUGAGCCGACGGGAGUACGGGACCUGGUCGUCUAUCCGCUCAGUCCCUCUGCGAUCAUUCUCACCUGGCAGCGGCUGUACAACGUGGCCUUCCGCAAGUACAUCCUAGAGACCUUCUUCUUCAACCCUGUCACCCUGACAUCUGGGUGGACUACCUACUACGAGGUCGCGGCCACGGCAUCACUAACAGCCUCUGUGAGGGUGACUGACUUGCUGCCGGCUUGGUACUACAACUUCCGUGUUACCAUGGUGACCUGGGGCGAGCCAGCUCUCCGCUGCUGUGAUGCCUCUACUGUGAGCUUCAUCACAGCUCCUGAGGCCCCCCACAUUUCAUCGGUGGAGUAUUCCAAUGGCCUCCUGUAUGUGCGUUGGACCUACGGGGACAUCUUCACAGACCUGUCACACUCCCGCGUGUUGCACUGGCAGGUGGUGGCCGAAGGCAAGAAGAGCCUCAAGAAGCGUAUUUCUGCCGAUGUGACCCGCAUGUCCAUGAAGGCAGCUCUGGCCAUCCCCCCCGGGGACAUCUACAACUUGACAGUGAGCGCCUGCACAGAACGCAGCAGGAACACCUCCCGGCCACACAUCAUCAAACUGGGGCCUGCCCCCCCCAGGUCUGUCCACGCAGUGAACAGCACCCACACUUCUGUGACCCUCAUCUGGGUUGAGGAGGGCGUGGUGGAUUACUACCAGGUCCACUGCAGGCCAGCUGCUCCAGGAAAAGAUCUUAAAGCGAGGGAACCGCAGAUGGUCCACUCUCACAUCGCCACUAUGUCCGGCCUGCAGCCUGCCACUGCCUACAACUGCAGCGUGACCAGCUACAGUUACAGCACCCCUAGCGAGCCCACCUACAUUGGCGUGUCUACCACAGUGCGGGAGAUGAACCCCAGUGUGGCGGCCAUCUCUGCCCUGGCCGUCCUGAGUGUCCUCCUUCUCAGUCUGCUGGGCCUCAUCUUCCUCGUGCUCCGAAAGAAGCACCUUCAGAUGGCCAGGGAAUGUGGUGCCGGAACCUUCGUCAACUUCGCAUCAUUCGAGCGGGAUGGGAAGCUUCCGUACAACUGGCGAAGGAGUCUCUUUGCCUUCCUAACACUCCUGCCGUCCUGCCUGUGGACUGAUUACCUUUUGGCUUUUUAUAUUAAUCCUUGGGGCAAGACUGCCUUAAAGAAAAGGAAGCUAACAAGCCCUGUCCAGCUGGAUGAUUUCGAAGACUACCUCAAGGACAUGAGCAAAGACUCGGCUUACAAAUUUUCUCUGCAGUUUGAGGAGCUGAAGACGGUGGGUCUGGACUUAUCCCAUGAUGCAGCUGAUCUCCCCGUCAACAGAGCAAAGAACCGCUACACCAACAUCCUUCCUUAUGAUUUCAGCCGCGUGAAGCUGAUCUCCAUGCACAACGAUGAAGGAGCCGACUACGUCAAUGCCAAUUACAUUCCUGGCUACAAGUUGGCGCGGGAGUACAUCGCCACACAAGGCCCCCUUCCCGAAACCCGCAAUGACUUCUGGACGAUGGUGCUGCAGCAGAAGUCGCGAGUAGUCGUCAUGCUGACGCAGUGCAGCGAGCGCCGUAGGGUGAAGUGUGACCACUAUUGGCCCUUCACGGAUGAGCCGGUGGCCUACGGGGAGAUCACGGUGGAGAUGCUGUCUGAGAAGGAGGCCCCAGAAUGGACCAUGAGGAACUUCAGACUGAGCUACGCGGACGAGACCCAGGACGUGCUACACCUGAACUACACCUCGUGGCCCGACCAUGGCGUCCCCACGGUCAACGCCAUCGAGAGUAUCCUGCAGUUCGUCUACAUCGUGCGGCAGCAGGCGGCCAAGAGCAGGGGCCCCAUCGUCGUGCACUGCAGUGCCGGCGUGGGCCGCACGGGGACCUUCAUCGCCCUGGACCGGCUCAUGCAGCACAUACGCGAGCACGACUACGCCGACAUCCUGGGCGUCGUGGCAGAGAUGCGUGCACACAGGCUAUGCAUGGUGCAGACAGAGGAGCAGUAUGUGUUCAUCCACCAGUGCGUCCAGCUGAUGUGUAAGAAGAAAAAACAGCAGUCAUCGGUUUCCAGCGACGUCAUCUAUGAGAAUGUCAGCAAGUCCUAAUCAUGAUAGAGGACACGGUUGGUGUGUCCGAGCCUACAGCCCACCAGACUUUUGUACUUGGCUGAAGCAUCGUUAACAGAAAAGUGACAACAGAGAACUGA